CUUUUAGAGUAUGUCAAUGUUUCCUUUUCCUUAGAUGUGGAUAACUGCUUUCAGUGUCCAGAAGAUCAUUACCCAAAUAAGAAGAGGGAUUUCUGCAUCCCCAAAUCUCUAACUUUCCUCACUUUUGAAGAAGCUCUGGGAACAAGUUUGGCCAGUUCUGCUCUUUUCCUUUUUUGUGUAACUUCUGUGGUGCUUGGGAUCUUCCUCAAACACCGGGACACUCCCAUUGUCAAGGCCAAUAAUCGGACCCUCACCUACACCCUCCUCCUCUCCCUCCUGCUCUCCUUCCUUUGUGCUCUGCUGUUCAUUGGAAAGCCACAGAAGAUGACCUGUCUCUUUCGUCAGACAGCUUUUGGCAUCAUCUUCUCCGUGGCCAUUUCUUCAGUCUUGGCCAAAACUAUCACUGUGAUUCUUGCUUUCCAAGCCACCAAGCCUGAAUCCAAGUUGAGGAAAUGGUUGGGGAAAAGAAUGGCCACGUCCAUUGUUCUUUCCAGCUUGCUCAUUCAAACCACCAUUUGUACAGUGUGGCUGUCUACCUUUCCACCAUUUCCUGAUCUUGAUGUGAACUCAAUGGCUGAAGAAGUCAUUCUGAAGUGUAAUGAAGGGUCAAUCACCAUGUUUUAUUGCCUCCUGGGUUUUAUGGGUUUCCUGUCCAUUUGCAGUUUCACAUCAGCUUUCUUUGCCAGGAAGUUGCCUGACAGUUUCAAUGAAGCCAAGUUCAUCACCUUCAGCAUGUUGGUCUUCUGCAGUGUGUGGAUUUCCUUUGUGCCAACAUACUUGAGCUCCAAGGGGAAAUACAUGGUGGCCGUGGAGAUCUUCUCCAUCUUAGCUUCCAGUGCCGGAUUACUUGGUUUUAUAUUUUUCCCCAAAUGCUACAUCAUUAUUCUGAGGCCUGAUAUGAAUACAAAGGAGCAAGUAAUGAAAAGAAAGCAUUAAAGAAAGUUUCUGUUUAUAAAUUUAUCAUUCUUUGUCUUUUAUUUGGAAUUUGGUUCCUAACGUUAAUAAAAUGUCCUGGUGAUAGAUGAUAUUCUGGUACAAAGGAAUGAUCUAUAUUUUAUCCUCAUAAUUUCAUCAGAAGGAUGGGUCCCAGUCUUAGUUUGUAUUGAAGAAUUGGAAUAUGUAAGAACAAUAUUAGAUUUAGAAUUAUGAAAAUGUAUAGUAUAUUCCACUAUCAGAAAUAUAUCAUGAUUAUUUCUUUUAUAUGCUUAAGAUUAUGCUUUAUUAAAUUUCUAUUGAAUUUCUCC